AGUGACGUAUUUUGGCGGCGCGGGGCGCGCGGCAGUGACGUCAGCGCGGCUGCGACGGGAGCGGGAGUGCUCCCAGUUGCUCCCAGUUGCUCCCAGUUCCCCCAGUUUGGGCCAUGUCCCUGGCGGACGAGCUGCUGGCUGACCUGGAGGAGGCCGCGGGGGAGGAGGACGAGGCCGAAGGCUCCGAGGGGGGGGAGGAGCCCCCGAUCGAGGACGUUCGGGAGGAGCCGGAGCCGCCCGAGGCCGCCGAGUCCGUGCGGAGCAUCGCCAAGCUCUGGGGCUCCAAAGCGUUUGCCGAGAUCAUGCAGAAAAUCGAGGAAUACAUCGGGAAACAGCCCAAGGCUGCCGAAGUUUUGGGGCCGGUGGAGGCGGCUCCCGAGUACCGGGUGAUCGUGGACGCCAACAACCUGACGGUGGAGAUCGAGAACGAGCUGAACAUCAUCCACAAGUUUAUCCGGGAUAAAUAUUCCAAGAGAUUCCCGGAGCUGGAGUCGCUGGUUCCCAACGCCCUGGAUUACAUCCGCACCGUCAAGGAAUUGGGCAAUUCCCUGGAUAAAUGCAAGAACAACGAGAACGUUCAGCAGAUCCUGACCAACGCCACCAUCAUGGUGGUCAGCGUCACCGCCUCCACCACACAGGG